CAAACUGGCAACUGUACGCGGACUAUCGUACUAGAGCUACGGUGCUGCGUGCCAUCGCUGCAUUCUCUCUCUGCUCUUCGUUCAGCGAACACGCGCUUGAAUAAUCCUCUUUAUCGCUGCGUGAUCAGAAGUCAACGGCGAUAUUUAUUUACUUCCUGCUAAAAAAGCAUGUCCGUUUCUGAAGAAGGCUGGACUGAGCCUGCCUGCUGCCAGCUGUGAGGUUCAGGAGGACGUGGGUAAUGUCGCUCCCGUUAACGAGACAGGUGCUGCGGUGGAGCAGAAGCCAAUCAAGAUGGCGGCGAGCGUCGGCGGCGGCGGUGGUGGUGGCAGCACCAGCAACCUCCUCUCCCACCACCAGUCUAUCAACGGCUAUCGAGGGCAGCCAGUGUUUAUGUACGAGGACUUCUACCAGAGUCAAGUCGAUAAGAAAAAGCAAGAUUUCUCCUAUCGCAUCUUCAAGAAGGUGAAUCGUGAAGCUCAGCAGUUUCCGACGGCUGAGGAGCAUAGCGGAGACAAGCGUAAGAUCACCGUCUGGUGCAGCAAUGACUACCUCGGCAUGAGUCGCCACCCGGCCGUCACCGACGCCGUAUCGGGGGCGCUGCAGCGGCACGGGGCGGGCGCCGGCGGCACGCGCAACAUCUCCGGCAACUCGACGUAUCACGAGCAGCUGGAGCGCGAGCUGGCCGACCUUCACGACAAGCAGGGGGCGCUACUGUUCACCUCCUGCUAUGUCGCGAACGACUCGACGCUCUACACGCUCGCCAAGAUGCUGCCUGGCUGUCACAUCUUCUCUGACUCGGGCAACCACGCAUCGAUGAUCCAGGGCAUCCGUAACUCCGGCGUCCCCAAGCACGUCUACCGGCACAACGACGUCGCCGACCUCGAGGCCAAGCUGAAACAAGUGGACGUCUCCGUGCCGAAGAUCGUCGCCUUCGAGACGGUGCAUUCUAUGACAGGCGCGGUGUGCCCCCUGGAUGAGCUGUGUGACGUCGCGCGCGCUCACGGCGCCAUCACGUUCGUCGACGAGGUCCACGCCGUCGGUCUGUACGGGCGGCGCGGCGGCGGCAUCGGCGACCGAGACGCGCUCAUGCCCAAGAUGGACAUCAUCUCGGGGACCCUCGGCAAAGCAUUCGGCAACAUCGGUGGUUACAUCGCCGGCUCCGCCGCCCUGGUGGACAUGAUCCGAAGCUACGCGGCUGGUUUCAUAUUCACGACCUCACUGCCUCCCACCGUCCUUCACGGAGCCAUGGCAGCCGUCAAGAUUCUGAAGAGCGAGGAAGGCGUGCGACUGAGAGCUAGACACCAGGAGGCGGUGCGGUAUCUACGCGGGAGGCUCAUGGCCGCUGGCAUCCCCGUCAGGCACACCCCGAGCCACAUCAUUCCGAUCCACGUGGGCGACCCUAAGGUGUGCACGGAGGUGAGUAACCUGCUGAUGAACAAACACAACCACUACAUCCAGGCGAUCAACUAUCCGACGGUGCCGCGCGGAGACGAGCUGCUCAGGGUCGCUCCGACGCCGUUCCACACCGACGACAUGUGCGACCAGUUCGUGCUGGACGUCACCGAUGUCUGGGACGACAUGGGGCUGGAGCGCAAGACGCCGGUCUGCCCGCAGACAUGCGACUACUGCCCGCCGCUGCGAUUCGAGAUGCUGUCGUCACGGAACAGUUGCCGUGCAGCCUGCCGAGACGCUGCCAGCAUCUUCCAGCUGGACUUCCGACCACAGCUCGACGCCACGCCGGUCGUCCUGAGCUCGGGUCUCUUACGGCUCUCCACCUCGUCAGUCGGCGAACGCACUGCUGCCGGACCCGUGCUUUGCGUCUCGCCCACACCGCCCCCAUGGCGGCCGCGUUGCGUGAUCCAGUACGGCAGCCUCGUGGCGGCAGUCGAUUCGGCGUCGUGUGCCGGUCCGUAG